GAGAAAGAUAAUGCCAAAUAAUCGACUGGUAUCCACUGAUGUGGAGUGUCAACCGGAUCAUGCCUACAACCAGUCUACAAAGUCUCUCAAAGUUAUGUGGACAGAACCAAACGGCAAUUGUUAUGAAUUACAAACCGAAAACGUAUCCCAGGGAAUAUAUGUCUCGAAGAAACCUACAAAGACGAUGUCAGUGCCAUUGAAGCCUGCAUGCAAGUCGGAUCUACCUAGUACAACCAUUUCACAUAACAUUGGUCCGAAAAAGAAGGGAAGCAACUCUGUUAAUCAUAAUCAGAUGGAAGAAAAUGAGUCAUCUAGUAUCAAGGGAGAUAAUCGCAGUAUACCCGAUCAUAAGAUUCCAAUGCAAAGGAUGAAUUCAUUUGAAUUUCCUGUCCAAUCAGAAUCGCUGGCUUCCAUAGCUGACCAAUCAGAGGAACCGUUACUGGAUCACCAUGGAGAUGUGGUUGAUGGUGGUGUUCAUGAGUUCUGGGCAGAAGAUGCCGGUGAAGUAAAUAAUGCCGUUGGAACCGUUGUCUCAGCCGAUGCUGAUCCCGGGUUUCUACACAAUGUAGUGAAUCAAGAGGUCAUCGAGACUGAGGAAUCAAAAGAUUCACUGCUUGAAGAAUCAAGAUCAGUUUUGGCUCUUGGCGAAUAUAAAAAAGGCAUGGACCUUGGGAAACAGAAAAUGGUUAUGAUAACUGGUCCGUUUGGAGAUAAACAGUGCAUCAUGCUUACCAUGAAGGACCCAGUUGCAGAAAUAAGAGGAGCAGGUUUGGAGCAAUCCCAAGCUGAUAGAAAUAGAGAUACACAGUCUUGUGACAUCAUGCUUACCGUGAAGGACCCAGUGGCAGAAAUAAGAGGAGCAGGUUUGGAAGCAAUCCCAAGCUGAUAGAAAUAGAGAUACACAGUCUUGUGACAUCAUGCUUACCGUGAAGGACCCAGUGGCAGAAAUAAGAGGAGCAGGUUUGGAGCAAUCCCAAGCUGAUAGAAAUAGAGAUACACAGUCUUGUGACAUCAUGCUUACCGUGAAGGA